UUCUUCAAGGGGAUAUGAAAAUACCAAUUUGACGAGUGUUCACAAAGAAGAGGAGGAAUUGCCAGUCCAUUCACCGUUGACAUUACGCGCCAAAAGUAGUUAUUCAAAACCCAUUCUUUCAAUUUCUCCUCCCGUUUCCGUGGCAACCAACCAGAGUGAAAAAAGAAGCAAUAAACAACACUCCACCUAUUUAAUGAUUCGAUGGAGAACCGCAUCAACCCCAUACCCAGUGAUUCGUCGUUUCCUCUGUACGUUUCGCUGUAUCUCUACUCUCUCUCUGCCGAUCCAGGAGACCCCUCAAACCCAUCUUUUCCAAUGCAACACCAGGAUUCAGGAACUGGGUCGACUUGGGCGAGUCGAGGAAGCCCGCCGAGUGUUCAAUGAAAUGAUUCAACGAGAUGUUGUUUCAUGGAACUCGAUGAUUAAUGGGUAUUCCCAGAAUGGAAGAGUGGAUGAGGCUAGAUUGCUUUUUGAUGCUUUUGUGGGUAAGAAUAUAAGGACUUGGACGAUUUUGUUAACUGGGUAUGCGAAGGAAGGGCGAAUAGAAGAAGCUCGGGUGGUGUUUGAAUCAAUGCCGGAGCGUAACGUCGUUUCUUGGAAUGCUAUGAUUAGUGGAUAUGUGCAGAAUGGUGAUUUGAAGAAUGCACGAAAGUUGUUUGAUGAAAUGCCAGAGAAAAAUGUUGCAUCAUGGAAUUCGGUUGUCACUGGGUAUUGUCAUUGUUAUCGGAUGAGUGAAGCGCGUGAGCUUUUUGAUCAAAUGCCUGAGAGGAACUCGGUUUCUUGGAUGGUGAUGAUUUCUGGAUAUGUUCAUAUAAGUGAUUAUUGGGAAGCAUGGGACGUUUUUGUGAAGAUGUGCAGAACUGUGGUGAGACCUGACCAGUCAAUAUUUGUGGUUGUUCUCUCAGCAAUUACUGGUUUGGAUGAUUUGGAAUUGAUUGGGAGUUUGCGGCCAAUUGCAAUCAAGACAGGAUAUGAGGGGGAUGUGGUUGUGGGCUCAGCAAUAUUGAAUGCUUAUACAAGGAAUGGGAGUUUGGAUUUGGCAAUGCACUUUUUUGAAACAAUGCCAGAGCGAAAUGAAUACUCUUGGACCACAAUGAUAGCAGCUUUUGCACAGUGUGGUAGAUUGGAUGAUGCAAUUCAACUGUAUGAGCGAGUCCCUGAACAAACUGUUGCCUCGAAAACAGCAAUGAUGACAGCAUAUGCCCAGGUUGGAAGAAUUCAGAAAGCCAGACUUAUAUUUGAUGAGAUCCUGAACCCGAACGUGGUUGCAUGGAAUGCUAUUAUUGCUGGAUAUACACAGAAUGGAAUGCUUAAAGAAGCAAAAGAUUUGUUUCAGAAAAUGCCUGUAAAGAAUUCUGCUUCUUGGGCAGCCAUGAUUGCUGGGUUUGUGCAGAAUGAACAAAGCAGAGAAGCUUUAGAGCUGUUAAUUGACCUCCAUAGAUCAGGUUCUGUUCCAAGUGAUUCCAGUUUCACCAGUGCUCUCUCUGCAUGUGCCAACAUUGGAGAUGUUGAGAUAGGUAGAGUAAUACACUCACUUGCAAUUAAAUCAGGGUGCCAAUUCAAUUCAUAUGUAAUGAAUGGGUUGAUCUCCAUGUAUGCUAAGUGUGGGAAUGUGGAAGAUGGUUCUCAUGUCUUCAGGACAAUAAGAGUGAAAGACACAGUGUCUUGGAAUUCUCUCAUCUCUGGACUUUCAGAGAAUUACAUGUUGGAUGAUGCCCGUGUCGUUUUUGAAAAGAUGCCCAAACGGGAUGUUGUGUCUUGGACUGCGAUUAUAUCAGCUUAUGUGCAAGCAGGGCAUGGAGAAGUUGCCUUGGACUUGUUCCUCGACAUGUUAGCCAGAGGAAUAAAACCAAACCAAUUAACAGUUACUAGCCUUUUAAGUGCUUGUGGGAACCUGGGUGCCAUCAAACUGGGGGAACAGUUCCAUGCCUUGAUAUUUAAACUUGGAUUUGAUACAUUUUUAUUUGUUGGAAAUUCUCUAAUAACAAUGUAUUUCAAGUGUGGAUAUGAGGAUGGCUUUUGUGUGUUUGAGGAAAUGCCUGAGCAUGACUUGAUCACAUGGAAUGCAGUUUUGGUUGGCUGUGCACAAAAUGGAUUAGGUAAAGAAGCCAUCAAGAUUUUUGAACAAAUGGAGGUUGAAGGGAUUUUGCCUGAUCAAAUGAGCUUUCUUGGGGUUUUAUGUGCUUGCAGCCAUGCAGGGUUAGUGGAUGAGGGGUGGGCGCAUUUCAAUUCCAUGACCCAAAAGUAUGGGAUCAUGCCAUUGGUUUAUCACUAUACUUGUAUGGUUGAUCUUCUUGGGCGGGCUGGAUACCUCUCUGAAGCUGAGGCUCUAAUCGAGAACAUGCCUGUAAAGCCGGAUUCUGUAAUUUGGGAGGCUCUACUUGGGGCUUGUAGGAUCCAUCGUAAUGUUGAGCUUGGCCAGAGAGUUGCUGAAAGGCUUUUUCAGAUGACAAAACCAAAAUCUGCGACAUACAUCUUAUUAUCCAAUUUAUAUGCUUCUCAAGGUAUGUGGGACAAGGUAGCGGAAAUACGAAAAUUGAUGAAAGAUCAGGGAUUGACCAAAGAACCAGGAAUCAGUUGGAUACAGGUCAAGAACAAGUUGCAUUGUUUUGUUACAGGGGAUAGGACACAUGAUCAGAUUGAAGAGAUUUACUCAGCACUGAAGGAGUACUAUGGAUGCUUCAGAGCAACAGGUUACAUGCCAGACACGAACUUUGUUCUUCAUGAUGUGGAAGAAGAGCAAAAGCAGAAUGAGCUUCUCUACCACAGUGAGAAACUUGCUGUUGUCUUGGGAAUCUUGAGCACGCCAAAUGGAUCACCCAUUCAGAUUAUAAAGAACCUGCGUAUUUGUGGUGACUGCCACACUUUCAUGAAAUUCAUGUCCAAGGUCACCCUGCGUAAGAUCAUUAUUCGAGAUGGAAAUAGAUUCCACCAUUUUCGCGAUGGUUCAUGUUCUUGUGGGGACUAUUGGUGAGUUUGUCAUGGGUGAGCAUUCUUGGAUGACCAGGGACCCACCCCGGUUGUAGCUUAAUGGAUCAGGAGUCAAAAUGGCUCAAAUUCAAAGACUUGCUGGAUGAAAAGUUUUGGACCGCGACAAAGCUUCAAAGUUUAAAGAAAUAAACCAGUCUGCUUUUUGUGGGGAUGCCUUUGGACACACUUGAUGAGGGGACCAGGUUGCAGUGAAGAGAAAAUCAUUAUCCUAACAUUGAACUUCUACAAGAGCCGUAGGAGGAUGAAGGGGGUAAUCUUCCUAAGUCCAUUACUUUGGCAUGCAAGCAAGGGGGGGAUUUGUUACUUAGAACUAACCUUGGUAGCAAGAAGUGGCAGUGAAGACUUAGGGGGCUCAAUUUUUUAUUUGCUAAGGUCUCGGGAUGAUGAAGGUCGAAGCAAAUAUGGAACAAGUCUGGAAGAGUCGGACGCUAUUUUUGUGUUCCUGAGCUAUAUUGCUGAAAACUGACAUUAGUAUCUUUUGUGAGGGACAGGUAUUGCGACCAUACUUCCCCCAAAAGAGAUGUUAGUUGGCAACCUGGCAUUCAUGCUUUGGUUUUUCAGAAAAACUGUUUCUCUUGCUUUGUGGAAAAUGCUGAUAAAAGAUAUAAAUACUUCUCUAGAAGUGUAGAUAAGAGCCUUGGCAGUUAGGAGAACUUUCAUUGCUUCA